UCAACACCUAAGGCUAAAAUGAAGAGGGCAUUAUUUUCCAAAGGUGGUUAUCAACAAAAACUCCCAACCACGGCUUUCUUCAUCACCACCACUUACGACUUCUCCAUGGCUAUUGCUGACGAAGUUGUCGCAGAGCUCGAGACCUUAGUACGAGUCUACAAAGACGGCUCGGUGGAGAGAUGCCAAGCUCCGAUUGUCCCACCGCCGCUCCAAGAUCCUGAAACCCGUGUCUCAUCAAAAGACAUCACCAUCUCUGCAAACCCUCGGCUCCCAUCUCCGCCAGAAUAUACCUCCCCAACCUAUCCGAUCCUUCCCGCCAAAAGCUCACCGUCCUCGUCUACUUCCAUGAGCAGGUUGGUGCAUCACGCCAAAGUGGUGGCUGUCUCAAUUGAGUACAGGCUAGCUCCAGAGCACCCUCUUCCUAUUGCUUUUGAGGAUUGUUGGGCCCGGCUCCAAUGGGUCGCGGCCCAUUCUGGCCCAAAUGUGAUUUCCGAGGAGCCCUGGUUGUCCUGCGCAGAUUUUGAACGGCUUUACCUUGGCGGUGACAACGCCGGAGCUUCCCUCGCUCACUACGUAGUAAUGAGCGCCGGUAAAGAGAGCUUACCCAACAAUGUCAAGAUCAGCAGAGCCUUCUAUACCCAUCCCAAGCUGGAGGGCAUUAGUGCUGUUGGGGUGGCAAUCUCUGUUCCUGUUUUGAACGGUCUUUCAAUCCACGCCUCGUCCUCCCCAGAAACUGAAAGUCAUGUGGAACUUCUGGUUAGUGCAUCACGCCAAAGUGGUGGCAGUCUCAUAGAAUACAGGCUAGCUCCAGAGCACCCUUUCCCUAUUGCUUUUGAGGAUUGCUGGGCCGGGCUCCAAUGGGUCGCGGCCCAUUCCGGCCCAAAUGGGAUUAACGAGGAGCCCUGGUUGUCCUACGCAGAUUUUGAGCGGCUUUACAUCGGCGGUGACAGCGCCGGAGCUUCCCUCGCUCACUACGUAGUAAUGCGCGCCGGUAAAGAGAGCUUACCCAACAAUGUCAAGAUCAGCAGAGCCUUCUAUACCCAUCCAUACUUCUGGGGUUCAGAGGCCGUCGGUUCUGAACCCACUGAAAACCGCGCGAAGCUACUGCCGUACAAGGUGUGGAUAUAUCUGUACCCGACAGUGCCGGGUGGGAUUGACAGUCCGAUGACAAACCCGGUGGCACCAGGGGCGCCGUCGCUCGCCGGACUUGGGUGUUCGAAGCUGCUGGUGAGUGUUUCGGAGAAGGAUAUUCUGUGGAGCAGGGGAAUUUCGUUUUACAAUGCGGUGAAGGAAAGCGGGUGGAAAGGGGAAGCGGAGUUGAUUGAAGUUGAGGGAGAAGGCCAUGCGUUUCACAUUGUGAAUUAUGAGUCUGAGAGUGCCAAGAAAUUCAUAGUUCGCUUGGCUUCUUUUCUCAAGUAAAUUGGUGGCAAUGUGUCAUCAUCUUGCCUUUUAACUUUCAGU